UAAGAGUCUAGGGUUCUUUAAAAGAGUCUCUUUACAUUUGGCGACGGUGUUCUUGCGGCUUAGCUCUAAACAACAGAUCCGACAAUGCCUAAGCAAAUCCACGAGAUUAAGGACUUCCUUCUGACAGCAAGAAGGAAAGAUGCUCGAUCCGUGAAGAUCAAGAGAAGCAAAGACAUUGUCAAGUUCAAGGUGAGAUGCUCAAAGUACCUCUACACUCUCUGCGUCUUUGACCAGGAGAAAGCCGACAAGCUUAAGCAGUCUCUUCCUCCAGGUUUGAGCGUGCAAGACCUUUGAAGAUGAAGAAGCCUUUGGUGAUUGAUGAAUCUUUGUGCCAUUCUAUAUUUUUCUUCUUCUAAGUUUUGUGUUGUUCAGUUAUGCCUAGACUUUUUGUGGAUUGAUUCAGUUUUUAAUAUCAGAUUAUUAUGUUCUCGCUCUGGAUUCAAAAUUUA